AUGCCCCUCAGCUCGUUGCCCAAAGUUCCUGAAGAUGACACCUGGAAUAUGGCGUACGUCAGUCGAGAUCCGUCGAGCGGCAGGGUCGCGAUAGAUCUACAGCACCGAACCUUUACUGGUAUAACAGAUCUUUGGCAUCCUGUGUCGGUUGACUGUCUCGAGUUGAAAAAAAUCAAGCAGUUGACCGCUACCGCAUACGAGGCAACUUAUCCCUAUGACGGAUCAUCAGCUACUACGAGAUCGCCGGUUGUUAUUGCAAAAGUCGCACGGUUCGAGUGGGAGAUACCUCGUUUAUCGAGGGAGACCCUCGUGUAUAGAAGCUUGGAAAACACAGGUCUAGCCCCACGUUUUAUUGGCCAUGUCCACGAGCAUGGCCGUGUAAUUGGGUUUAUACUAGAAAAGCUCCAAGGGCGUGAAGCAAACAUCAACGAUCUUUCGUCUUGUCAGUCUGCCCUCCAGCGACUACAUGACAUUGGAAUCCACCAUGGUGACGUCAACAGAUACAAUUUCAUUGUUCAAGACGAUACGGUGCUACUGAUCGAUUUCGAGAAAAGUCAACUUCAUGAUAGCACUACUACAUGUAUGCAAGUUGAGAUGGAUAGUCUACGUGAUCAAUUGAUGGAGGACACGGGACGCGGUGCAGGUUUAGCUCGGUAG